AUGCAUCUCCCGCCUUAUACUCAAGAACGUCUCGUCCGUUACAUCUCAACAGAAUUGGUAAAUAUUAGCAGCCGCCACAGUCUAGUAGGAGGAGGAGGCUACAAGGUCGAGGUCAACGUUAAAGUCAACGUGGAUUGUUGCAUGAGGAUUGGAUGUUGCAACAAGGGAAAGAAGGACAGUUCUUGUCAGGUCUGGGCAAGUCAAGUGAAGAGACAAGUGGCGGAAACGGAUUGUCCGGUAUGCUUAACGAAAUUGUCUAGUGCGGAGAGUCGCAUGGAGUUACAAUGUUCCCACGUUUUCCAUAGAGACUGUGUGAUUAAGUGGCUGAAGAAGAACCCUUCGUGUCCCAUCUGCCGUACCAACAUUCUUGGUAAAACUGUUUCUAUCUAUUAG